UCAGCCGGAAGUCUGCCUCCUUGUUCAGCUGGUUAGCAUCUAGCAUGAUCUGUGUGCUCUGGACGAGGGGGUGCAUGGGUGAAACAUGGCCGCCGUAGACCCGCCGGAGUCUCCAAUACGACAGAAAUACCCUGCGGAGGAUGUGGAGACGUGUGCGGAGAGGAGCGAGGCGGCGGAGUACGGACGCAGCCUGAAGCAGAAAGUCGAACCGACACGGAGCGAAAGCACCGAGAGCCGCGGCGAUGAGCGGAGAGUCGGUGCGGGAGAGGACGGCGGCGGUGUCGCCAGCCAUUCUGGGGUUAGUGUCGAGUCCGGUGCUGGAGCAGACAAAACGACAUGUAAUUCACUGGAGGACCAGACGACGGCCGGAAAAAUGGCCGAGGUGGCGGGGAGCGAGCAACGGGCGUUCGACUGGUCAGAAGCCGAAGACGACGGCGAGGAGGAGGAGGAGGAGGAAGAGGAGGCGAAAUCACACAAGGAGGAAAAUGAUAAGUGUGACCUCAGAAAUGUUACUGAAAGCGCUGAUAAAGUGCAGCAGGACGCACAUGUUGAUGACAAUGUAGCUGCUGAAUCGAAGGAGGUGCCUGAGGAGGAGAACUCACAGAGGAGCACAGAGAAGGUCGCUGAGGAGCAGAGGAGCACAGAGAAGGUUCCUGAGGAGCGGAACUUGCAGAGGAGCACAGAGAAGGAAGUGCCUGAGGAGCAGGUGGGAGACGCAGACAGGACGGAGGAGGUGGUGGAAGACGACGAGGAGGCAGAUCGAGGGGAGGAUGCUGAUCUGGCAGCCAAGCAAAAAAAGUGCCGUCUGGUGUGUAAGGAGUGCGGCAUGAGGUUCAACCGGCGUGAGACUUUCAACCUUCACCGCCACUUUCAUGCGCACGAGGACGAGCUCACGCCCCUCACCUGUAAAGAAUGCGGCCUUACCUUUCAGCACCGCAGCAGCCUCAUCAAACACAGAAAUGAACACAAAGAGAAGGAGGAGGAACUUGUUACUCCAAAGAAGGAGGUGCAUUCGAAGGAAGAGGAUAGUGUUCAAUGUGCAGAAUGUCGAAGGCUCUUCUCCACAGUGGAUAAGCUGAGGGACCACAGCUGCAGCAAUACAGUCGAAAAGCCUUAUCACUGCCCCCUGUGCCGCCAAGAUUUCCAGUUUAAGGUGUCUAUCACAAAGCACAUGAUGACCCACUCCCAGGAGAGCAUGUUUACGUGCCAAGAGUGCAAUCAGAGCUUUCCAAACAAUAUCGCCCUGCGCUAUCAUCAGCGAUGUCACACCGCCCUCAAGCCCUAUGAAUGCCCAGAGUGCGGUUUGGUCUUCAAACACUACUCUGUCAUGGAAGACCACCGUCGCAAGCACACAGACAGCACGCGCUCUCACCUGUGCACCAUCUGCGGCAAGACCUUCAAGUAUAGCAGCCUCCUCCAUCAGCAUCAGUAUCUACACACGGGCCAGAAGCCCUUCCGCUGCCCUGAAUGUGGUAAAAAAUUUGCCUUCGCCCAGAACAUGAAGGCCCAUUGCCGCCAGCAUAGACUGCUUGAAACCAACUCCCCCAUUGAGCAGUCCUGCAAGCCGGGGCCUGUGCCAGAACAGGAGGAAGUAAAAGUGCUGGGAAAAGAGAAUUCGCACCAAAGUGAGGAAACAAAACGCACAUUCAGAUGCCCUCUUUGUUCUCAGACCUACAGCUCACCAGCUAACCUGAGAGCCCACAUGCUCAUUCACGAGGCAGAGUAUGAGACGCUGGACAGAAUACCCAAACCCCCAAAAGACAUUAGCAAGCACUGGGAAAAAGGACACACGUGUCCACACUGCCCGUGUAUUUAUCGUGAUGAAUCCAGUUUAAAUAUACACCUGUUAAGUGUCCACAAGACUGUAGCAUAUUUAGAAAAGGUGGCAGCACCAUCUAAAAAUCUAUUGAAUCUGCAAAGUAGUGACAAUGUGCAGGAAAAAUGGAAAAGUGAUGGCAUAGGUAUUAAGUCGCACAAAUGUUCAGAGUGUGAAAAAACGUUCCGCCACCGCUCAGUGUUAGAGCUGCAUAUGCGCAUACAUUCCAAGGACAAGCCUUACCAGUGCAAAGUAUGUGGCAAAGGCUUUAGAUUCAGUAGCUACUUGCAGCAGCAUGUCAUCAUUCAUACUGGCAAAAAGCCAUACAAAUGCCCCGACUGUGGGAAGGACUUCGCCUUCCUGCAGAACAUGAGAACCCAUCAAAAGCUGCAUCAGGAGAAACCAUUCCGCUGCACCAGCUGCCGCAAAGGCUACAGCGACGAGACCCAGCUGCAGCAGCAUAUGCUGUCGCACAAUGGUGACAAACCUCACAAGUGUCACCUGUGUGAUAAGAGCUUUGGGUUGGCUUAUCUGCUCCGUGAUCACAUGAACACACACACAGGAGAGAGGCCUCAUCGCUGUGAUGAGUGUCACAAAACCUUCUCCUGGUUCAGUAGCCUGCUAGUUCACCAGAAAAUUCAUGCUCGCAAGCGCCAAGGUUUCAGCCAAUAUAAUUCUCUUGCGAUUAGUGCUAGGAUGAGAGGAAGGGGUAGCAGGGGGAGGAGAGGGGGGCGGCUCAUGUGGGGCUGGUCCAGACCAUUAGGAGGCUCAGGGACGCUUAAUUCUCAGCCAACUCAAUUUCCAGUUUCUGCACUAAGUGACCCUGAGUUGCACAGAAGGGCAGUGCAGCCACAGUCUUCCAUGGUCUCGCCACACAUGGAUUUACAAAGCAGGCAGCAAAAGGAUCCGUGGAUGUCUGAGCUGCACACUCAGCCGGUGCAGUGGAAGGUGGACGGUGGAGAAGUCAUGCCAGUCCCAUCUUCACAGCAGCAACACGCAGCUCCACAGCAGGCACAGCUUGACAGCCCGCUGCAGGCAGGUCUGCAGCAGCACCAUCAGAGUCCAGGCUGGGCAGACAGCCCUCUGAUAACUCAGCUAGGCCCUGCAUCGGCUCAGAGCUUAGAUUCGUCACAUGUGAAAGAGAGCACAGCUUCUACUGUCAGCUCCCACCUGGCAUCUGUGCCAAAAAAAUCCAGUCCAUUAGCAGUGAGCGAGAUGGAGCAUCACAGGCAGCCCAAGCCUAUUACAUGGAGCAACGCACCCACGUCCACAGUGCUAGCUUCCACAAGCUCCCUGCAACAUGAUUUUUCUAUUCCCUCCUACAUUGACGGGGCGGCUCUGUGGAGCAUCAGACCCUCUCCAAAUUCACAAAGCAUUCCAAAUAAGCUCGGUCACGAGCUAAUUUGGAGAGCAACACAAAAAGAGCCAUCCACAGCUCCUAAAAAAGAGGACAAUAGAGUGUGGGACAUGAGUAAUCCUCAAGUUAUACCGUCGACUGUUAGCCAGCCGGAGAAGCAGUGGGCAUCUGGCUUAGCAGGUGCAUCAGCUCAAAAAGACCAAAGCAGUGCUAUGCCAAUUUCGACUCCUGUUUCUCUUGCAUUAGGUAGCACCUUGUGGGACAUAAAAACAGCAGCAGGAAUUCCAAAGACUAAAAAUUCCUCUGAGAAAUUAGUAAAUCAAGAUUUUCAGCUGCAGCAGAAGCAGGUGUCAUCUGGCUGGACUAAUAUACAAAGUCAGUCAGCGUCACAGAAGGUUCCCAUCUCCAUUCAAUAUGAGCCACAUCGUUUUGGCCAGGGGAUAGGAACUUCAGUAUGGGGCUUCCAAAGUAAUCCUGUGGGUCCUCAAACGCUGCUCACUGGGCAACUCAAACCAGGGAAUGGACCAGAGCUACAGCAACAACCAAUAGUAACAGGCACUCAAAUAAUCAUUAAUCAGCCCUCGCCUUUCUUCUCCCCGUCACUUGCUCCCCUCCCUCCUCUUGCUUUGCCUGGCUCCCACCCUCUUCACUCUAUCGCAGUUGGUGCACUUCCAAGACCUCCACACCCCAAAAUCUUUUUCGCACCACAGGCAAUUAUGAGUGAGAGGCCCCACAUGCCACAGACCCUGCCCCUACCUCAACUCACCCCUCGGACAGAACCUCACAAACUCGGACCCCGUUUGCCUUUUGCCCCGGAACGACUUCUCCAGUGCAUGAUAUGUGGGUGCUCUCUCGCUCGAGAACUGGAUCUACAGAUGCAUUACUUGCAACAUGCACAAGGAGAGAUUUGAAAUUUCUACAUUAGGAAGA